GGUGAAAGUUGAAAGUUCGUCCAAAUCUGAAAACAGGAGACACGUGCAGGCUGAAGAGUGACUUGAGUAACAGUAGCACCAGCUACAGCGAUGGCUGCCAUCUACUCAGGUAUCCAUCUGAAGCUGAAGAGUCCGCAGACUCCAUGGGAAGACAAGCUGAGACUGGCACGUUUUGCCUGGAUCUCCUCUCAGUGCCUACUGCCCAACAAGGAACAGGUGCUGUUGGACUGGUGCACCCAUGCUCUGACUGGCUGGUACAAUCAGAAAGUGGAAUUUUCUCAGGAUGUAUUGGAAGGCCUGUGGUGCUACCUUGAUGACCUGCUUCACAGCCGGAAGCUCCACUCACUUCUCAAGCAGGGCAAGACCAUCAGCCUGAGGCUCAACAUGGCACAGCUGCUGCUUGAUCGUCUCCAGGAGUGUGCAUGUGUUGGCUCCAAGUCGCUGGUGUGUGUGUCCACCAUACUGAGUGUGUGUCGGGGCAUUCUCUCUUCUCCUGUGCUCUCAUCUGUCUUCACCACCAAGUAUGAACUCAUGGUUAAUCUGCUGGUCAAGCUCUGCUCUCUGGCCUGCUGUGAGCUACAGCAGCCAUUGCUUACAGAAACCCCAAUGACUGAGUCUGGGACAUGUCAAGACGAGGUGAUGACUGAGUCUCCUCAAACUGAACCUAGUACCAGUUUGGACACUUUGGACAUUCCCCCUGAUCAUCCAGAGUUAGAUACUAAUAAAUCCUCUUCCAAGCCAGAUGAAAACUUACAUUCGCCUGCCUUGUUUGAGGCGUUACUUCAGGUGCUGUUGUGCUAUUUAUCGGUUCAGCGACAACAAGCAAACCCUAACCGCGUCUUUACAAUGGUAACCAACCAGCUCAUCCAGCCGUUAGUACUACUCAGACACCUGCUGACUUCUGGGGAAUUUGUACCUUCUCAUACACAUCUGCAACUCCGCCAGCAGCUGUGCAGAGACAUCCGCGUCAAGAUAGACGCCAUCCUUCAGUUUGCACUUUUCCCCUCGGAUCACCUGACCUCCUAUAAGGAGGAGCUCUUUCCAUCUAAAGAGGAUUCUGGGAAACGUGUUCCAGGAGGGACAAAAGGCCUCCUGAAACCAGUUAGUGCCAUACUUUCCAAACUGAGUGCUCAGGGCUACUGUGAACCACGCCUACACUACUCUGUGAAGUCCAACACAUUGUGUCUGCUGUUUAAAUUUUUUCUGGAAAGCUAUGGAAAAAGAAGAGGAGAAAGUGAGGAAGAGCAGAGGAUGCUGUGUUUCUAUUUUCUCAUCAGAUUAGUCUCAGUCUUGGAUCUAGGUCUUGAUGGACACUCAUUCUCACCUGUAAAAGACCAACCAGCCUCUGGGCAGAAGUCUCCCCCGGCCUCCCUCUGUUCCCCAGAGAGCUGGAGCCUGGCCCUGCUGGCUGUGGAGUUUCUGCUAAACCAGGCCCUGUCAGCUGAUAUUUAUAACAUAGCAGCGGAUAGGAUACGACAUGGAGAGGUCCAACUCAACUUUUACAGAGCCCUGGCACAAAUGCUCUUCAACCAGGCUCAGCCAAGCCUCCCAGCAUGGUACCGAUGUUUGAAGGUGCUGUUGAGUCUCAACCAUCUGAUACUUGAACCAGACCUGGACCAGCUGUUAUCUUCAGCCUGGGUUAAUUCUGAAUGCAUGGAAGCACGAGCGCAGCGGGCCAGACAGCUCAUGGUGUGCAGUCUCCUCCAGACCUACACAAAGCUCCGUCAGCUCCCUCGCCUCUUCUCCGAGCUCCUGUCUGUGAUCUGUCAACCUGCUCUGGAUGAACUCCGGCCUCCUCUGCUGUCUGAGGAGGUCUGUGCCUCCCUCAGAACUUGUCUUCUGGACAUACCCCCGUCCCAGGGCCAAGAGAUCUGCUCCCUAGUAUUGGAGAGCAUGAGGAAAUAUAUAUUUCCUGACCUCGUAAAGGAAGAAAGAGAAACAGAGAAGAUGGAGACUGAUGGAGGAGGAGAUGAUGAAGGAAAGAAAACAGAGGUGAAGGUGGACCAAGAGAGACAAGAUGCGUCUUUGAAGCUCUUCUCCCUCAGCCAGCUCCUUCAUGCUGUUUUAUUUAGUCUGAAGACUCUUGACAAUGCAUCUCCUCUUCCCUUAGUCAGGCAGAGUCAAGCCCUGAUGAAGGAGAUGCACCAGGUAAUCAAGGACUUACUACAGAUGUUGUCAACAGAAGAGAAGCCUGUAAAAACAAAUAUAAACUUGGUUCAAAAGACACCAAAGAAAAGCAAAAAGAAUUUGGAGCACAAAGACUCAGAGAAGGUUUCAGAGUCUAAAAUGGGACUGCUGUGGGAGCAGAAGACCCAGGAGGCAACUCUUCUCCUCAGGUACACCUGGGUGGAAGUGGACACACUUUUUGACAUCAACUGUAGUAAAUACACGUCUCUUGAUUCAGCCCAGAUGGCAGCUGUAAAUGAGACAGAAGACAAAGUUCUUUCUAAUGCUCCAGUCCUGACCCACAUAGAGAGUCUUGUAUCCGGUGACAUUUUACCAGCACGUCUCCAUCCUUCUCCUUCGUACAGCCCCAUGAGCUGUUUGCUGCUCAAACUCCUCACUUUACAACAGAUGAAGAAAGUUUUGUUAGAUAGCACGUCACUCGGUGAAUCCAGCACUGCAUUGCUAAACACCGCUGCCCAGUUUAUUUUAGCUAAAUUGAAGUUUGAGGUGAGUCCCCAUGGAGAGCAAGUGUGGGACGGGCAGAUAGGCAGUGUGAAUGCCAGCUCCUACCCGGUAGCACACUGGCAUCUUGUCACAUCCAAUCUGCCGUUGAUCGCUCCCUACCUGAGUGGAGAAGACUUGGGGCGCAUAGCAGAUAUUCUUGUUAGUUCAGUCCUCAGCAGACAGACAGACAAAGAGAAAGACCAGCCACCCAUCUCUCUGACUGUCUCCCUCAUAUCCUCACAGCUCCUCCAAAGCCCAAUUCUUGCUGAGUUGUCUUCACUUUUCUCUGCCACAGUUUGCUCCCUCACACAAAGGAUUAAUGGCGUUCUCAUGGUGGCACAUGCACCCAAAGUCUGUGCUACGCUCCCGAAGUUUCAGGAGAAAGGAAGCGAUGCCAGUCAGUCUCUGUCAAAACUGGUGAAAAAAGAGGCCACGGUUGAGGAUAUAUUGGCGUCCUCUAAGACCGGAGACGUGUUUGUAUCGCUGACUGACGCACAGACCAAGGACCUGGUUAAUUUACUCCAAAUUUUAGCAAGCCUUAAUCCAGAUGGGAUGAACUCUGAGGAUCUCUCUUCCGUUUUCCUCCUCCUCCUCUUCAUGCUCACCUCCACCUCCAGUCAGUCAGACCGGGUGGUUGUGGGCCAUGCUGACUCUGGAGAUGAUGCUGUAUUCCUGGUGAAGCUGCUCAGGAUCCUGACUUGUCUUGUGGAGAGUAGAAACUUCCAAAGUGUUUUGAAGCUCAUUCACGGAGGUUCUCUGCUCCAGGCUGUUGUGUCUUCUCUCCUCUGGCAUAGCAACAGUGGAAGAUUUCGACCCACAUGCAGCCCUGAUUGGUUGGAUUUAAUCAAAGCAGUGCAGGACUUCAUCAGGUCCUUGGUCCAGUUGAUUAUAAUCAGAAACAGCAGCGUUCGACUCAACCUGGACCAGUUUGCCUCCUUUCUUACCAGUAAGGAAACAGCAAGCAGACAGAAUGUUGCACCCAGUUCAGCAGCUGUUUCAGGUAAACCAGAUUCAGGACCAUCCAUUUUGUCUGUCCAUCUUGUGUUGGCAUCACUGUCUUCUUUUGCCCUGGGAAUGAGCUCUAACUUGGGAAGGAGUAAACCAAUGGAUCAAACCUUGACCCAAAUGCUCACAAGAGUGACUGCUUCACUGGGACCAGCUGUUGAGUCCGUCCUAAGGCCCCAGCCUGCCAGCAAAGCAGCCAUUCAGCCAGCCACUGUCCUCGGUCAAGCCUUUGUGGUAGAAGUUGUUACUGUCAUGCUGCACUGUGAACUGUCCUCACUGUCAGUGGACGACCAGAACAAGCUGAAUGACACCAAGCUCAUCCUGAGCCACAUGACCCUGUACCAGGGCUUCAGCCAGCAAAUCCUCAGAGAAAUAAGCUCUGCCCACAGACCCAUGGACUUCCUGGUUUCCUCUCUCCGUUUCCUGUCCACUUUCUACAAAGCAGUGGAGAAGACAAGAGGAGAGGAGGAGAAAGGAGGAAAGGAGUUGGAUGAGUUAUACAUUCAGAUACUGCAGAAUGUGCACAGAGUGCUGACAGCUCCUUGGCUGUCUUCAAAUGAUGUUAGUGAACUGGAGCCAGCUGUGCAGGAGCUGCUGCGUCACCUUGUGGAGAACAGCACUACGGGUCAGUUCAACCUGCUGCUCCUGAUAAUCAGAGAAGGACUGGACGUUUGCAAACUGAGGGCUGGAAACUACAGGGAGGUGCUAUCUGCAGUAACCAUCGUUAAGCUGCUGUCCUGUUGUCAGUUACCUGAGUCCUGCUCUAAAGCUCUGUGGCUCAUUGCACCGCAGAUUAUAUCUGUUAUGGUGUUCUUGGUGAGAUCAUCCGGUCAGGACAUCUCUCUGACGCUUCCCCUCACCGUUCCUACAGUAAUGUCAAUGACGUCACUGCUGCGCCAGGGGGAGGGGCUAAUCACCAACCCCCAUCAUGUGAACUUGGUGCUAGGAGCGCUUCAAUCAGUGUCCCUUGACCACUUGACCCCACUCGUCUAUCAGUCAGCGUUCCUCGCCGUUCAUGAGGCACUGUUUGCCAUCAUCCAGUGUCAUCCUCAGGUGAUGUUGAACGCAGCUCCAUCCUUUUUAAAUGUCUUCUACCGUCUGGUGGCAUCCAUCAUGCAGGAGGGUCGGCAGAGAGGAGGCAGUGAUACAGGUUCAGAUAGUGACGUUUAUCUCCAGUGCUCCAGAUUAGUGGAGAGGAUGUACUCUCACAUUGCUGCUACAGCUGAGAGCUUCACCACACUGUCAGCCUUCAUGGUGGCUCAGUACGUCACAGAGCUGCAGAAGGUUACUCUGCGACCAGACAUUAAGCUGCAUCUAACCGAGGGGAUCUAUCGGAUUCUGGACCUUUGUAUGGAGCAGGAUAUCAAGUUUCUAAUGGCUGGACUGCAGACAGGAGUCAGAGAGGUGUUCAACGAUCUGUACGGCAGCUACACCCACUACCACAAAGCACAGAGGCAAGGAGAGGAAAAGUACACUGUUUGAACUGUCACAACAAGCCUCAGUUUAGGUUCACAUAUGUGAAUAAAUAUGGAAAGACUAUGUUUAUGAAACCAGUUUCUGAGCACUGAAGUUAAAGUGUCUCGUUUUGCUGCAACCAUGAAAAAUGAUGUGUAAAAUUUUGUGUUUAUAUUAUAAUUUAAAGAAACUGGUUUCAGUGGGAUCUGAUUGGAUUUUUACUGAAUGGCUGAAGAUUAUGGAUAUAUGUGUGAAUUGUACUUUAUCUUUUCUAUAUGACUUGUUUUAUACCAAUUAAACAAUCAUUUAAUAUAGAUUUAAAUACAAAACCA